AUCUCUCUCUUCACCGCGCCACUACAGAGCAGCUCUCUCUCAUCACAGAAUUGAAACAGUGGAACUCUUGUCUUUUUUCUCUCUUCAGAGCAACAGUCCAAUUUACAAACAGGCAACCAACUCUCUCUCUUCCAUUAGUUCGGGGUUCUUCUAUAGAACUAUCCCCCAUUCCUCAUACAAAAUGAUUGCUUUUCUCUAGAAGAAAUUCAUCUGUCUCUCUCUCUCUCUCUCUUUCCACACAGCGUGAAGUGAUUCACUGUCAUUUGAUUCAGAACCCCUGCUUCUCUCUAAAGAGAUUCAUCUCUCUCUCUCUCUGGUUCCACACUUGGUAAAGUAGUUCUCAGUUAAUUGAUCAGUGCGUUGCUCUCUUUUUUUCUCUGUCUAAGAUGUCAACCAGCAAACACUUGGAAGAUGGGCACAGCCCAAGGGAACCUGAGAUAACAGAGCCUCUCAUUUCCAAUUCUAGUGGCGGUGAUAAUGGUUCCAUUGCAAUGGUUAUUCUCAGCACCUUUAUCGCAGUCUCCGGUUCUUUUGAAUUCGGUUCAGCCGUGGGUUUUUCAUCUCCCACUCAGUCAGCAAUCAGGAGCGAGCUUGAUCUUUCAUUAGCGGAGUUCUCUGUUUUUGGAUCCAUAUUGACCAUUGGAGCUAUGAUUGGUGCAAUAGCGAGUGGACGCCUAGCUGAUUAUGUUGGUCGAAAAGUGACAAUGGGAACAUCAGCCCUCUGUUGCCUAUUAGGAUGGAUAGCAAUCGCCUUCUCCCAGGGUUCUUGGUCACUAGAUAUUGGAAGACUGGCUGUGGGAUAUGGAAUUGGUGUUUUCUCUUAUGUGGUGCCUGUAUACAUAGCCGAGAUAACACCAAAGAGUCUUAGAGGGGGCUUCACAACAGUAAAUCAACUAAUGAUUUGUACCGGCGUUUCAUUUGCGUACAUAUUGGGAACAGUUUUGACUUGGCGUGUGCUGACGUUGACUGGGCUUAUUCCAAUGCUGAUAAUGCUAGUGGGUCUCUUCGUGGUUCCAGAGUCUCCUAGAUGGCUGGCAAAAGUUGGCAAACAAAAAGAAUUCGAAGAAGCUCUACGUAGACUACGUGGAAAGGAUGCUGAUAUUUCUGAAGAAGCAGCUGAAAUUGAAGAUUACAUCAGAACUAUAGAAAGCCUUCCUAAGGUUAAACUGCUUGACCUGUUCCAAAGGAAAUAUGCAUAUCCUCUCAUUGUGGGAAUUGGCUUGAUUGCACUCCAGCAAUUUGGUGGAAUCAAUGGGAUAAUUUUCUACGCUGCGGAAACUUUUGAGGAAGCAGGAUCUUCGGGGACAGUGGGGACUAUAUCCAUAGCCUGUAUCCAGGUUCUAGUAACAGCAGUGGGUGCAACUUUGAUGGAUAAAUGUGGAAGGAGACCGCUUCUUUUGGUAUCAAUAUCAGGGGCAUGUUUCGGCUGCCUUCUUUCUGCAAUAUCAUUUUUCUUACAGUCUCAGGACUAUUUAACAGAUUUUUCUCCAAUAUUGGCUCUUUGUGGCAUACUGGUGUACAUAGCUGCAUUCUCAGUGGGCUGGGGUGCGAUACCCUGGGUUUUGAUGUCUGAGAUAUUUCCCAUAAAUGUGAAAGGAACAGCAGGCAGCCUAGUGAGCCUCAUGCACUGGUUCGGUGGUUGGUUCAUGUCCCUUAUGUACAACUUCUUCAUGAGCUGGAGCAAAACAGCCACAUACACUGUAUUCACCGCGAUUUGUGGGGGCACAGUAUUGUUUGUGGCCAAGCUGGUUCCUGAGACAAAGGGCCGAACACUCGAAGAAAUACAAGCUUCCAUGGACUCGACUAUUGCUUCAAAAUCGAAAUCGGCAGAUGAGAAGUGAUUGCACUUUCUUUGUAGUAGUUGGAAAGGAAUGUUUCUUUCCAAUGUAGCAAGAAAGUGGGGUCAUCUGAUUCCCUCUUCUUGAAUUGCCAUGAUAUUUUACCCAGUUUGAAUUGAGGUUCACUUGGCUCAGUUCAUCUUCAUUGGUAAGCCAAGUAGUAGUCGAUAUAGAGGAAUAGAAGAAAUUUGCGUGGAAUAAGGAGCGAAAAGAUGAUCAGAAUAUCAGGACAGUUUGUGCUAUGAUCAUUUUAUUUGGAGAAUAUUAUUACUUUUCUACAUAUUUGAUAAUUUUCAUUUUGCAUAUACUUCAGAUUUAAACCUCAUUAUACAAAAGAUGCAUAGUUUAUCUACACUGAUUAA